UCAGCUCCCUGACAGGAGGCAGCAUUCUUUCCAAGAACCCCAAGAGUUUGAGGUUGUUCCUGCUCAUUUGCAGCCAUGAAGUUCUCCCUCGUUGCCGCUCUUCUGGUCGCGCUGGCUGUCGCCCACGGCUCUGAGGCCGUGUCACUGGCGAAGCGUGACGUCCAGUCCGAGUUGAACAGGAUCACCAAGUUCAUCACGGACAUGUCUGACACCAUCACCAACUCAACCCAGGACGUGGUGGAGAGGAUGCAGGCUCUGGAGAUGACCAACACUACCCAGACUUACAUAAAGAACAGCAAGGCCAAGAUCCAGCCCCUGGUUGACAAGGUCCAGUCCGAAGCCGCCAAGCUGCAGGAGCAGGUCAAGCCCUUCAUCGCCAACAUCAACGAUAAGAUCAAGCCCCUGACCGACAACUUCAACGCCCAGGUCAGGCCCCUGACAGAUGACUUCCACGCCCAGGUCAAGCCUCUGGCCGACAUGAUGGUGAACUUGUUCAAGCAGGUGAUGGACCAGACCAAGGCCCUGGUCAUCCCCCAGUAACGCUUGUACGUUGAUCCGCUCCAGCUUCAAUAACAUCCAAGAGCUCGGGCUCCUGUUUCACUCGUGUUCGUCUGUCACACUCCUUCAUCUUGGAGUCGGCUGAGAUGUGAUGCCUAAAUGUCAUUAAAGGGGUUUGAACGACAUUACAUUGAACUGACGUAUUGUUUAUCUUUUGCUUAUGUGAGCCAUAUAUCAAAUUUGCAUUCUGAGCACACGGGGGUUAAUUUAUAAAAAGCCAAAGUGCAGGUAAUAAACUUGAAAUGAAAUAAAUUGUG